AGCCCAGCUUGAAUACACUAAACCGAUACAACAGCUGACAGUACUUCCAAAAAAAAUUGGUGUAAACAGAAGAUGUGACACAAGAAGGUGCACACAUCUAAUGCACGAUGGCAGCUCCUGCAGUUAUCCCCAGGAAACAGUCACAGAUGAACAAAGUUGCACCGCCUCAGAAUGCUAACGCUGCCAAUAACAACCCCACAGUAAAUGGAGGAGACAGAGUGAAAGCAGAUUCUCAUCUGAUCCACCCAGAAAGAGAAGUUGAGUUGGUGAAUCACUGUUUUGUUGACAUGGAGCGUUUCAUGGCCCGUCUGCAACAGACUGCAGAGGCUCGGAGUAUUCUACAUCAACAGACCAGGAAAAAGAGUCGCAAAAAGAGUAGCAAGAAAAAGAAAGAGCUGGAUGAUGACCUGCUCACACAAAAGGCAGCUCCACCAUCAGAACAAGAGUUUGUGGAUGUUUUUCAGAAGAUUAAAUACUCAUUUUGUCUGUUGGACCGCCUGAAGACAGCAAUCUCCGAGCCGACAUCAGAAGAACUCUUACAUCAUGUCUUCAUUCCUUUGGACUUGAUGGUGAAGACCACAGGUGGUCCUAAGUUGGCAGCAACAGUCUCCAGUCCUGCUCUGACCAGUGGAGCGAUCUCUCUACUACAGCAUACCCUUAAUGGACAAGAGAAAGCACUCUGGACCUCACUUGGACACUACUGGACCCUGCCAUACUCUCAACUCAGUGAGAUUGUGCCUCAAUACACACCUGUCUUUCUGGACGGUUGGCACCCUAAUACCACAGACGCAUAUGGACAACUAAUCGAGGACCCCAUAGAGUCACAGCAUAAACACGAAGCCCUUAUACAGACUCAACAGGUAAUUGACCAGGCACACCAAGAUAUGCCGCAGGAACAUGAAAGGAUGGAAGAUUCUAUGCCUCCUCCAGAAGAUAGGAUGUACCGAUGCAGUUACGACUUUGUGGCACGGAACAGUAGUGAGCUUUCAGUACUGCACGGAGAAACUCUGGAGGUGUUACAGUCAUCUAAGCGAUGGUGGAAAUGUCGGAAUAAUUAUGGUGAAGUUGGCUUUGUUCCACAUAAUAUCCUCGAGCCGAUCAAUCACUCAGAGGUGGAUUCCUCCAAUGUAGUAAUGCGCAACCAGUCGACGAAAGUUCCCUUCUCUCCCCCAAAUGGUGGGAGGUUCUCUUAUGCUGCGCCCAGUCCCUUGGGCGAAAAUGCAAUCCACCUUGAUGCACGCCCAAACAGCAUGCCCCCGAUGGGAGAUGGAGGAGAGAGAUCAGUAAUGAUGAUGAACGAUGAGCUCCUAAAGCGAUUGGCCAAUGGUAGACCAUCAUCAAUACGACCAGUAGUAAUUAAUAAAGCAAAUGAGACAACUGCACCCCUCGACGACCAUUCUUCUCCAAAUGAGGUUCAAGAGUGGCUGACGGCCAAAGGCUUCAGUGAUUUCACUGUUAAGAGUCUGGGCAUCCUGACGGGAGCUCAGCUCUUCUCUCUAAAUAAGGAAGAGUUACGUGCCGUUUUACCAGAGGAAGGCGCCAGAGUAUACAGCCAGAUUAUGGUGCAAAAGUCAUUGCUGGAGGAUGUGAAGAAGGCCACAGAGUUGGAGGCCAUAAUGACGAAACAGAAGAUGAAAGUUGAUUUAAAGGCAGAGGGUGGAGAAUUUUAAUUGAACAUCUUUGUCUCACUCACUCUCACAUAUUUAUGUUACUGUCUUCAAAGACAGGUGUGGCAUGAAUCAAGAUCUUGUUAACAAUAGGGCUCUCUGUUGUUUUAUGACAUCAAAAGAAUAUAUAUACAGUAUAUAUAUAUAUGUAUCAUCAUUACUGCUUAACCUGACAUAUAGGGCAACAAGACCAUUUUCUUUGUAUUGAAGUUAAUUAUUAAUAAAAAAAGCACUGGUGGCGUCAUCAUGG